CCCCCCCCCCCACCCCACCCGCGCCGUAGUAAGGGGACGCUCGGCGUGGCUUUCCCACUUCACGGCCACAAAACGGACAGUGACUUCGCUUCGUACCCUACUUGUUGGCCACGCGUCCCCGGGAACCAAGUGCACCACGACCUGUCCACUUUGAAAAAUAAGAUCGGCCCAAGAGCGCCGCCGGUGCAGAGUACCCCACGCCCCUGCGCGCUCGCCCUCCCUUCCUGGCGCCCCCCAAAACCGUGGGGCCCCUACGAAAAGAGGAACGAAAGAACCGGGGCGGUCAACCCAGUGCAGCGCCAUUAAAGCGACGGACCGGAAACCGCCCCCGCCCGCCUCCUGUCCAUCGGCCCUUUUAAGGCGGAGCUUUGCACGCGAGGGAACCUCCGGGAAGAGUCUCAGCCACUUGCGGAGUUAGUUAGACUCAGGAGAAAUGGCCCUGGUGCCCUAUGACGAGAGCGCGGGCAUAGGACUCCAGAAAUUCCACAAGCCUCUUGCCACUUUCUCUUUUGCAAGCCACACCAUCCAGAUCCGUCAGGACUGGAGGCAGCUGGGAGUCGCAGCAGUGGUUUGGGAUGCGGCCAUUGUUCUUUCCGCGUAUCUGGAGAUGGGUGCUGUGGAGCUCAGAGGCCGCUCUGCCGUGGAGCUGGGUGCUGGCACAGGGCUGGUGGGCAUCGUGGCUGCCCUGCUGGGAAGGUACUCUGGAAGCUACCAAAGGAGAAACAUUAACAUCAACACAGUCACACUUUCAAACUACAAGUGUAUUCUGAAUGCAAGACAUGCUAGGACCAUGGUGGCAUGAAGUCUGUGGGAGUAACCAAACAAUAUCUGAACUGACUUUAGGCUCACGCCACAAGAUGGAACCCAUACCUACACUGCUUUGGUUAACAAGAAUCUGAGAUCUUUACAUAUCUGUUUCUAAAACACUCUUCACAAUAUUCAAGAUACACAAAAGCAAUCCAAGUGUCCCUUGACGGAUGAAGAAAAUGUGGUACAUACAUAAAUGAAAUGUUACUUGGCCUUUACAAUGAAGGAAAUCUUGAUAAAUGCUAUAUGUGGACACUGCUAUUUGAAAUAAAUUAGUCAUGAAAGACAAAACUGUAGAAUUCUACUUCUAAGAGGUAGCUGAAAUAAAAAUUCAUAGGACUGAAUAGGGCUGCCAAGGGAUAGGGAUGGGGGUAGUGGGGAGUUAAGUACAGAAUUCUAUGUAGUACACACAUAGGUGGGGGAACAAGAAACUGUGGUGAGUGACAUGCAUGACAGCACAUCUCUCCUCCUCCCCAGAGUCUAGCUCAGUAGACCAGGCUGGCCUCAAAAAUCUCAGUCCUCUGACCCCAGUGCUGGGAUUGCAGGAGCCCGCCACGCCCUGGUUGAGAAGGUUUAAAGAAUGAAGGGAAGGCAACAUUUCUGGCUUUAGGGAAGUGGCAAUGAGCACUCAUUGUAGCUGAGAGAAAUGUGUGUGGUCCAGCUCUUAGAGAGAGAGAGAGAGAGAGAGAGAGAGAGAGAGAGAGAGAGAGAGAGAGAGAGAGAUAGAGAGAUAGAUAGAUAUGCCUGAGGCUAAACCUUAAUCAGAACAGACCCCUACAACUCCUGGAAAAAUCACUCUAAUUAUAAAUACCUUAUGUAAGCCACAGUACAAAAAUCCAAAUCGAACAGCUAAUGCUCUUUAGACUAUUCCUUACCCUAAAAACAAACUAGUUCUCCACACACCUGAAGCCUGUGGUAGUGACAGUGACCCUAACAGAGCAGUCCAACUCCUCCCCUAGGCGCCACCAGUGCCCUCCUUCCAGAGAGACAAUGUGCCUACUCCCGGCUUAAGUGACCCAUCCAGUUAUUUCAAGUCCUUUGCCCUUAUGUCUGACUUUCUUUUCUUUUCUUUUUUUUUGAGACAGACUUUCUCUGUGUAGCCUGGCUGUCCUGGAACUCACUCUGUAGACCAGGCUGGCCUCGAACUCACAGAGAUCCACCUGCCUCUGCCUCCCAAGUGCUGGGAUUGAAGGCGUGUGCCACCAACGCCGGCUGACUUUCAAGUACUGAACAGAUUUGAAUAAGCAAGCAAAUUCACAACCUAUGACCCAGAUGUCGGAAAUAUUUAAUGGAAAAUACAAGGUAACUAAAACUAAUAGGCUAAUGUCCCUGAAAAGGUGCAUGGCAUGCAUAUCAGAAGGUCAUUUCAGCAGUGCGGUGGACACUAACAGCAACAGAUCAAAAGCCACUGAUCUCGUCAUAUGAAUGGAAGUGACAGAGCUGAAGAAACAAACCAUCAGUGUGGUUGAAGACAGGCCACUAGAAACUACUCCAAGAGAAAACCGAGGGGAAAAUAACCAAGGACUGUGCCAUGGUCUCAAACACUAACCUAUGUGACACCAAACUGUUAGAAAUGCGAUGGAGAAAACUUCAGAAUUAACGAUAAUAUAACACAGGCAUUUCUAGAACUCACAGGUAAAACUGAAGACAGAAAAAACUAUCUUAAAUUUGAUCAAACAUUUUCUCAGUGCUGGGAAGAAUUCACUGCCAAUGGAUGCAUAUUUCUGAGAAAUAGAUUUAAAAUUAGUUUUUGAGGAAAAAACAAUAUAUCAGCCUAACCAUGGGCUUAAAAAAAAAAAACGUAAAGUUGAAUAUAUUAAAAAUUUUCAAUUUUUAAAAAUAUUCUAAAACAGAUGUGUCCAACCCAUGACACACAGGCUACAUGUGUCCCAGGGUCCUUACCCUGGGUAGACUCCGUAUGUUACAAUACCAUUCUGUUUGGCAAGAUAGCCCAUAGGUGUGUGAAACAGCGGCAUGACUGUUACAUAAGGGGCAAAACCUUCUUUCUGAUUGGACUCAAGGCCUGCUCCACAGGAGGAAAUUCAUGCCUGUUAGGGUAAACAUGUUCAAAUGCCCAUAGCCCAGGAGGAUACAGUCGCUAAGCACGGACACAUGUCCCUAGUAUAUGACAAUCUAGUACAGCUGUUUGGCUGAAUGGGCAUAGAUUGUUAAACUGACUUCCAACUAUAUGUUUAUACCCAUAGAUUAGUGCUGUUCUUAACCUUUUUUUUGCAGUGGGCAGCAGUCAAUACAGAGGCUCCUAACUGAACAAAAGUGUUUUGACUGUUGAAUGCUCUGCCCUAAAUAAAACCUCGAUGCUACGUCUUACAAAGCUCAGGGAGUAUCCCAGGCGGAGGCAGGAAGAGAGAGUGAGCUGGAGCAUGCAGAGGAGUGCUGGGCAGUGCUAGCUUCUUGGAUAUAAUGUAACCACCGCACUCCUGAACUCCCAACAGCUGUAGACACUUGCCUAAGAUCUUCCUUAAAGUUGAGCCAAUGUGUUUCUUAGUUUUGAUAAAUGUGCUCUGGUUAUAUAAUAGUUCAAAUGACAGAAAGUUGAAGGAAGAGUAUUUGGAACUAAUUUUUUUUUUUAGACAGGAUUUCCCAGUGUAGCAUUGGCUGUCCUAGAACUCAGACAUCCUCCUGCCUCUGCCUCCUAGUGCUGAGAUGAAAGACCUGUGUUA